AUGAGUUGGGAGAUGGCGACUACGAACCCGUUCGAUUUGCUAGGGGAUGAUGAUGCCGAGGAUCCAUCGCUGCUGAUCGCUGUUCAGCAGCAGAAGAUCGCGCCGAAGAAAGCUCCUGCAUCGGCGCCGGUGGCUCAGCAGCCCCCGUCCAAGCCGGCGGCUAAGUUGCCUUCCAAGCCUCUUCCACCAGCUCAGGCUGGUGAGCUCUCGACUCAAUUUUGGAAUAUUAUUUAG